CAGCAGUACAUCAUCACCAAACAAGCAGAGACAUACAUAGCACACGCGAUCAGCACACACGCAAUGGAGUCCACAACGGCUCCACCAACCACGUCCCCGCGUCUCCCCUCACCCCCACCAUUCGCCGAAGUCCAAAUUCCACCGUCGGAUCCAGCCACCUCAUCAAGCACAGGAAAACCGCCUACACCCUCCGCAGCAACCCGCCGGAUCCGCCCAGGCACCAAAUCGCGCAACGUCAUCGCCGGCGCACCCCUAACCUCCCUGGCCGAACUCGAUAGCGCCUUCCAGCUGCAAGAGCACCUCGCCUCGCUCCUCAGCAACAUCACGAAUCCUCCCGGCUCCGACCAAACCUUCCCAUUGACGCGCGCGGACUGCACGCGGCUGGCCACCCCCCCGGAGGGCGUCGAAGAAACCCUUUGGUGCUACGAACUCACGCGGCGUCUCACGCGCGACCUGAACGUCCUCAUCGUCGCCCUCCUAAACGACGGAUGCACCGCCGCGACAUGUCCGGAGAUGCGCGCCAGCGAGUGGCAGUACCUAUGCGCGGUUCAUGACUCGCCACAAAGCUGCUGCGCCAUCGACUACUCCACGCACACGCUCGACCAUGCGGCGACCAUGCUCACCAGCACCAAAUUUUUCCCCAGCAGACUGUCGCUGCAGCAUAAUAGUGUUAAGCACCUGGCUAGCAUCUUCAGGCGGCUCUACAGGAUCUUUGCGCAUGCGUGGUUCCAACAUCGCCCGGUGUUUUGGGAGGUCGAGGGAGAGUAUGGGCUCUACCUGUUCUUCAAGACCGUGUCCGAUAGGUACCGGUUGAUUCCACAGGACAGCUUGAUGCUGCCUCCUGAGGUGGAGGGGUUGAAGCCGGGGAAGAAUGGAGAGCUGCUGGCAGACGAUGAAGAGGAAGAGGAAGAGGAGUUUGAGGAGUGGGACCGGGGGACCGGGGCGAGAGGGCACCUGGAGCCGGUGGACGGUGGCGAAGAGAAAGAGGACUCGGAUGAGGAGAUUGAGGGGGAGUAUAGCGACGAGAGUGAUAGCGAUGAGGAGAUGAUCGAAGGUGAGGAUGAUGAUGUUGACAUCAUCGAGGACGAGGACGAGAUACAGGAUGAGGAACAGGAGGACUUGGAGGGGGCAGAGUCGCAGGUCGAGAAGGAUGCAACCGACAAAGAGGAAACACCGAUGGAGGGAACAAAAUCGCCGGCUGAUCCGGAGGACGAUGAACAGAAGGAAGUCACCGAUGAGGGUGAGGGGAGUGGAGCAGAGGAGAAUGAGAAGGAGGAGAAAGAGAAGGAGGAGGAGAAAGAGAAGGAGGAGGAGAAAGAGCAGGAUAAUGGGAAGGAGGUGCAGGAGAAAGAGAAAGAGGGGGAGGAGAAGGUGGGGGAGAAGGAUAACGAAGACGAGCCUACGGGAGAGGAGAAGGCAGAACCGAAAGCUAUUACAGAGUCGGAAAGUGAAGAAUCACCAGCAGCAGCGGCGGCGAGCGAUGAGAUGGAGAAGAAUCACGCGGAAGCCAGCUCUGAUGCUGCGGCAAGGCAAGAUGACGCGGAGAAGGUUGACCCUGAAUCGAAGCCGGAGGCCAAGGAGGAAGUGAAAGAGGAAGAACAAAAGAAGGAGGAGAAGUGAUCAAGCUUUUGGGCGUGAUGGCGUAACGGUUUUUUUCCUGUAUAGUUGUUUGCUCAAGAAUACCCGGUGUUGCUCAAUAGUUGGUGGUUGUAGUAUUGACGGGUUGGGUACUGUAAUUUUACGUGUCCCUGUAUUACUAGAAUCGAUGGAGUUU